CGAACAUGUCUUCUCAACGUGGCGAGAGUGUGCGCGUACACUAUGGCUCAACAACUUCCAAGCAUCAAGUUCUUCACUUCUAAUGAUGAUCAGCAGCUCGCAUAUCAGGAUAUUGGCAAUCCCUCUCAACCUCUUCUCAUCCUUCUUCAUGGCUUUACUGGUACAUCGCUCUGCUUCACCAAAGCUCUCCCAACACAUAUCCAACAAGCAUUCCGCGUCAUUGCGCCUGAUUUGCGUGGCCAUGGCGCCUCUGCAAAACCAGCGUAUGGCUAUCACGUGUCACGACUAGCCAUGGACCUCCAAAAUCUCAUUUCGCAUCUAGAAUACGCUAGCAAAUCGAGCGUCAAUGUAGUAGCCGGAUCUCUAGGGUGCUCCAUAUUAUGGUCGUACGCUGAGCUAUUCACCCCGCAUGUCUUUGGCUCCAUGGUAUGGGUAGAUCAGGCACCUAUGCAGAAUUACGCCUUCGACGGGUCUUGGGGCCCUGACAUGGGAAAUCGCGGUAUGAAUUGCGAGGCCGCCGUGCGUCAAUUGUUCCAGGAUAUGAGCGAGGACCCUGAUAAAGUCUAUCUGUCGACCAUUGAUGCAUGUUUGUCCUACCGGAGCCAUCCUGAAGCGUCGGACAGCGUGACUCGGGAGAAAAUGGAAGAAGAUAGAAAUUUCUUCUUGGAACAGGCGAGACGUGGGAACCCUAUAUGGUAUGCACAGCUCAUGAAGGACCAUACCGCUAAGGAUUGGCGGGAUGUUCUGAAGACGUGCUUCCGCGGUAAAAGAGUGUUUGUUAUGGCAAGUGAUAGGAGUGGUUGCUUUCCAAAGGAAGGCGUGCUUGAAGCUUCCCGACUUGUUAACGAAGGGGGUGGGACAUCCACGGGCCUUAGCAUUAGUUGGGGAGGCCAUUGGGCAUAUUGGGAAGAUCCCGAGACUUUCUGGAAAUUGGUCACUGCGUUCUUCGAUAGAGAACCGAUUUCUCAGUAG